AUGGGGAAAUCCGCGCGCGCCGCGUCUCGGCGAGAGAUCCGAUCGUCGCGAAGCGCGGCGCUGGAGAUGACGGCGGACGAGCGCUCGAAGUUUGACGCCAAGCAGGCGGCGCUCGCGCGGGCGAUGGCGAAGCCAAAGGUGCCGGUGAUGAAUUCAAAGGCGCACCGAAACAUGGUCAUGGACGUGGACAUGGACGGAGCGCGUGAAGAGGAGGAGUUGGUCGUGGACGAGGCGACGCUGAUGCGAGCGAAGGAUGCGGAGAGGCGAAACGAUGAGGCGAGCGCGUGGGGGUUGAACGCGGUGGGUAAGGCUGAUAUUUUUUUGAAGACGAAGAGCCGCGGCGUGGGCAAGGGACGACGGGACGCGUCCGUCGCGCCGACGCCGAAACAGUUGGCGGCGCAGACGUUCGUCGUGGACGCGAAAUCAAGAAAAAAGAUGAAGAGACAGUUGAAACAGGUCAAGGGGGCGCGAUUGAAGGUUCGGGCGUGA